GUUUUAAUCAUUUAUUUCCCAUCAGGCACUCGUAGGGCCCCCUCUAAAUUUAACUUAGGGGUCCAUCGCCGUAGUUUUUGCUAGCUCCAAGAGCUAAAAUGUCGGGGGAAGUGUAUCUCCUGUGGCUGCUCUCGCUUUUUAAAACGCUGUCGGCGUAUGGCUCUGAGCUUUCGUCUGAGGCUUGCAGGGACCUGGGCUUUUCCAGCAACCUGCUGUGCAGUUCCUGUGACCUGCUCGGGGAGUUCAGCCUCACUAAGCUCCAGCCUGACUGCAGGCACUGCUGCCAGCAGGAAGCCCAAUUGGAAGCACGCAAGCUCUACGCUGGAGCCAUUCUUGAGGUGUGUGGAUGAAAACUGGGGAGGUUCCCUCAAGUCCAAGCUUUUGUCAGGGGCGACAAGCCGAAGAUGUUCAAGGGUCUUCAGAUCAAGUAUGUGCGCGGCUCCGACCCUGUACUCAAGCUUUUGGACGAUAACGGGAACAUCGCAGAGGAACUCAGCAUCCUCAAGUGGAACACAGAUAGCGUGGAGGAGUUCUUGAGUGAAAAAUUAGACCGGAUAUAAACACGGAAACCCAUUUGUUUUCUGUUGUUAAAGGGACAGUUUAACAUUUUUUUUGUAGGUAACAACAAAAGUUCACAGGAUCCCAUUUGAAACUCUAGACAGGAUGAUAAAAAACAUUUGUGGUGAAAUGUGCCUUGUAGGUAUUUUGCCAUUUUUGUUAAAUAGCUGCUAAAAUCUCAGUUUUUAUACCUGACAAAACGUGGCAUUUCUCAACAUACAUUCAAAACAGCAAAUCACGGCCAAGUUUGCUUUCUUAUUUCUGAUUUUCUUGUACACUUUAUAAAAAAAUAUAUAAUACUUGAAAUAGUGUUCGGAAUCGUAGAAAAAGUCGCUGUCCAAACGCAGACGUAUUAGCUGUAGAACACUUUAGUGAAGACCUCACCUUAAACCACUGUUGGGAAGUGAGCUCUGAUGUGUUGUGUUCUUCUGCUUCAUCUGCUUUGGACAGAAACGAGAUUUCUUAUGGAUUGUUGUCUUUGAACAGGAUUUCACUUUGUUUUGUUAUUCAACAAUAAACAAAUGAUUUUCUUGCCGUUAUGCCUUCUUAUUUGCUUGUGUGAUUUUAGAAGUCAACAGUGACACCUGCUGGUGUAAAUCUGCGUUACAGCUCAGUGACGUCAAACCGCGUGAGGCUAUUGAAUGUAAAGGUUUCAAACUAUGGUGUGAAUUUACGCAAAGCAGGGUGCAAUAUUAAUAAAGGGAAUAUUAUCACGGAUCAUAGAAAAUUGGAUUUGUCUGUACCAUUACCGUUACCUCGACAUGAAAUAACACAUUUAAAUACAUAAGCCAGACUUGCUUGUGUGUUCCAAUUCAUCGAUAGAGUUCUAGUUUACGUGAAGUAGGAUUUAGUAUGAAUGUGCUUUUUCCCAACAGCUGUCUCCUUGCUGAACUCUGCCCCCCAUUGCCCACCCAUUCCACUACGUACAUCCCCCCGCUGACCUAUGCCCUCCCCCAUCACUUCAUUGCACUAUUGUACUAUUGCACUAUUGUACAUACACUAUCUGUUGAUUCAUUGAUCAUACUGUUUAUAAUUUAUAUAAUCUGCAAUAACCAUACUCUACUCUAGUCACUUCACUGCAAUACUGUACAUAUUACUGCUAUUAUAUAUUGUCAUAUCCAUACUGUUUAUAAUCUGUAUAAUCUACAAUAGCCAUAUUAUAGUCAUUUAUAUCCCUGUACAUAUCCUCACUGUAUUAUAGU